CUUUGAUCCGCAGCUGGCGCGGUUGUGUGCGUUGCCCUCGAGCGUACUCGAGCCUCGAGACGAGAGAGAGAGCGAGCGAGCGAGCUAGAGAGAGAGAGAUCGUUUUCACCGUUCGUGCGCGGAAAGAGGGGAGAAAGCCCGAGCGACCCGGUGGUGCAGUAACCUUUCAACCCUCGCGUAACACGGUAGAUCCUCUGCCGCGUGACCGGAACUACCACCGGCGGAGGCUGCCCGCGAUCAUCUUUAGAGCAACCCCCGCGUCCGAGCCGCGCGCGACCAGUCCGAGAAGCUCGAGAAGCUCUCCGCGGCAAUCUCUCGAGCCUGCGGCCGACACCGUAUCGUCAUCAUCGUCGGGGCUCGAUUACUCGCCGGCCUCUCGCCGUGUCAGGUCGGUGUCCCUUCGGCCCCCUGGGAUUCUCGGGGGCACGCAGCUCCUCUCGCGCGCUCCGAACCAGCACGGAUUUGCGUGCGGUUCCCGGCCCCCUGACCCAAUUAGUUGCCGGUGCCGAGAGUGUCUGCGCGGCGUACGGGGACGUCCAACAGCUAGUUACUCGCCGGAGAAACGAAUUGCCUCUGUCAACGGGACCCGUCCACGCAGCCGUGCACGUGAAACAUUGUGUUAACGAGGCUCGUUAACCCGCGCGCGGAGAAAGAGAGAGAGGGAUAUCUCGCCCGGCGGGUCUCUCUCUCGGAGUUGGUGAGCGACAGUGGCACCGGUGUGAAAAGUAUACGUCCGUCGUCCAGUGUUUACAGUGUUCACAGUGAAGCAGGAUCCCCGGGAUCGAGGAUCGACCGCGACAGACAGGAUAUCACCGACACACAGAGAGAGAGAGAGAGAGAGAGGGAGAGGAAGAGCGACAGAGGCAGAGAGAAAGAGGAGAGGACUGUGUCGCGCAACAGUGAACCCCCUUUUCGAAGAGCAUCGCUCGCGGGCCGGGAGGGUUGAACUUUCUCGCUGGCGUUGACAGAUCGAUAACAAAGUUUGCGUACGCGAGUUUCCCCCUUCGUUGCCGCCGGCUGGUGAUACGCUCUCGCUACCUUUUUCGUGGACGCGUUUACACCGGCUACGCGCUGACACCCAAGUGUCCUUAGGCGAAUCUCUCAUAUCAGAUCCAUCCCCCCCAGUCGAUCGUUUGUUUCAUCGACGAUCAAGACGUUCGGAGGAUCGGUUCAGUCUCGAAGUUCAGUGCCGAGACAACGAACGGUUUUUCGAAGUACCGGCCCGACCGUCUCGCCGAUACUUCACGAUUCACCCUUUAGCGAUUUUAGAGGAUACCCUCGAGUGGACCAACCUUGACGCUUCCAAUUCGUAGACGAUGCUCGGUGAUUCUGAGGACCAACUCGCCCCGUCUAGGAGUUUCUUAUAGAUUCGAACUCGUCGAUCAGGAUCCUCGACGUUGCGGCGAACUCUUCGACUCCUCGCCAUAAGGAUAAAAGCAGCCGUCGAAGUACUUUCGCCACGUUUUAGAAAACAAUAGCAGGCGUUCCCUCGUCUUCGGAAGCCUCUGGCUCCUGGUGCCGAAUAUUCGGAGCACCGGAAUCUUCGCGUAGAUCGUUGAUAUCCAUAGUCCAGGUGUCAUAUAAACCGUCGGAUCUUGGCGACCAAAGAGCGAUCUUUCAAGCUCCGAAAGAGAGAAAUUUAACCAGUUCGUUCGAUCAACUUGUCUUUCGGGCAGUUCGCGGCGAGUCUACGCGCUAAGAGCCCGCUGCGAAGGUGGUGCGAAGAGCCUUCGGCGAGCAGCCGCUCUCUCGUCGACGAUCGAGAGACGAUCGGAGCGAUCUUCUAAACGCCGGAAGAGCGCCAGAAGAGAGAAAUUUCACCAGUUCGUUCGAUCGACUUGUCUUUCGGGGCAGAUCGUUGCGGAUCGCGGCGAGCUGACGCGCUAAGGUUCCGCCGCGGGGGUGGUGCGAAGAGUUGGUCGUUGGUCGUUCUAUGCGGGUCGCGACCCCUCCGCAAAUCUGACGCCCCGUCGCUCCAGCGAGCGAGGCAGCCUGUCGUUGUCGCUGCCCAGCAAACGGCAGUACCUGGUGAAAUACAAGCGGAAGGAGGGCAGGCAGCAGCAGGGCGAGGAACGGGGCUCCGCGUGGCCCGGUCUCUCGGACGAUCGUCGUAAAAAGUGUGCAACGGUGAAGGGUAACGGUGGAUUCGGCGACUACUCGGCCGCGGGCGAGUUCGAGGUCUGGGGCGACGACCAGCACGCGUCGGAUGGUGUAGAUCGCCAGGUGAGGCCGCCUUCGCGGCAGCAACGAUGCGAAGGCGGUUCGUCGCUGAGGCCGUUGCUACACGUAGCCCACUGUGAGCUCCACUCGCCCCGCGAGCCCGAGCUUCUACGGCUGGACCAUCUCGAGGCGUUGGACCACAAGUCCGCCGACCACGACUCCUACAACAUGAUGGAGAACUUUCGCAGCCCCGUGCCGCCGCCGCUCCCGCGACGCCACGUUCGACUUCCGCCACCCCAACAGCAGGUGACAGUCGGCUCCCUAGGUGGUGGUCUAGGGGUGGCCGCCGGGAAUGGCGGCACAGGCACGGUCGGUGCCCAAGGUCAAGCCAUGGCGAUGCCAGGAUUUCCACUCCGUGCUGCAACGGUGCCGCAUUAUUCACCGUAUUCACCGUCACGUUUCAACAUCGACAAACGCUGCCAGCACAGAUGCUCCUGGAAAUGUUUCUCGAUCGCUCUGAUCCUCCUCGCUGUUGCGCUGACAGCGAUGCUGGCUUACUUCGCUACAGUGAGCUCCAUGCGUCCGAUAGACAGCACGAAAUGCGUGGUGGUCCAAGAUGUCAAGGCUGUCACUCACGAGAACGCGCAUGUUCACGACCCGAUAUCAACGCAAAUACCCACCGAAGAGUCGCUGCCCACAAGCACGGCGGAACACUCGAGCGCGUCGGACAGCGCCGGGGACCAGCAGAGCGAUCCUCAGAUCCAGCAGUCGGCGCAACAAUGGCCGGCGGUGCUCGAGCUGCAGGCGUACAACGUGGCCCACUCGGCCGUCAUACCGCCUUACAACUUCUGGAACACGGAGUUCCGUAACAAGCAGCCCGCGUUCAUCCGGUUGAACCUGACUCUGCCUUGGGGCGUGAAUUUCGCCGUCUACGGACGUCGCAACGUCGCGCCGAGCGUCACGCAGUACGACUUCGUCGAGUUCGUGAAGGGCGGCCGUGUCGACCACAGGCUGAAGAGGGACACGGCCUCGGAGGCGGUCAGCUUCAUGAACACGGUCGGCCAGGACCUACACGGCGAUCAUCGACGUCGCCGGCAGCCGUCGAGCUCGCCGGGCGCUUCUUAUCAGCACGUGCUCAUCAAGCGAACGAUCGUCGAGCCGAUGAUGGUGAACGUCAGCCUGCUCCAGUACCUGGACACCGGCCGCUGGUUCCUCUCCGUCUACAACGACGAGCUGCAGCCGUACAAGGUCACCCUGGUCGUCACCGAAGCCGAAGGCGUGUCGACUACCUGCCCGAACGACUGCUCCGGACGGGGAUCGUGUUAUCUCGGCAAGUGCGACUGCAUCGACGGGUAUCAGGGGGCCGAUUGCAGCAAGAGCGUGUGCCCGGUGCUGUGCUCGUCCCACGGGCAAUACGGCGGCGGUAUGUGUCACUGCGAGAACGGCUGGAAAGGUGCCGAAUGCGACAUACCAUUAGGCGACUGCCAAGUUCCUGAUUGCAAUCAACACGGACAGUGCGUUAGGGGAUCGUGCGUGUGUAAUCCCGGCUGGAAGGGCGACUUCUGCGACGAACCCGAUUGUCCGGAUCCGAACUGCAGCGGACACGGCGCCUGCGUUUCCGGGAAAUGUUACUGCAAAGCGGGCUGGCAGGGCGACAAGUGCAAUCAGGUCGACCAGCAGGUGUACCAAUGUCUGCCUCGUUGCUCGGACCACGGCACGUACGACCUGGAAUCGGCGACCUGUGUCUGCGAGGGACAUUGGACCGGCGUGGACUGUUCGCAACCGAGCUGCGGCCUCGACUGCGGGCCACAUGGUACCUGCGAACAGGGUGUCUGCAAGUGCAACGACGACUGGACCGGCACCAAGUGCGAUCAGAAGCCCUGCGAUCCGAGAUGCGCCGAACACGGACAGUGCAAGAACGGCACCUGCGUGUGCAGCCAAGGAUGGAACGGAAGGCACUGCACCCUUCCCGGAUGCGAGAACGGGUGCAGCCGCCACGGGCUCUGCACUUUACAGGACGGCGAGUAUAGUUGCGAGUGCUCGACCGGCUGGGCGGGUAGAGAUUGCAGCAUACGUCUCGAAAUGGAGUGCAAUGAUCUCAUUGACAAUGAUCAGGAUGGCAUGGUGGACUGUUCUGACAGCGAGUGUUGCUCGCACGCAGCUUGCGCAGCGCAUAUCAUGUGCCUUACUAGUAAUAAUCCCGUGGACGUGCUUCUACGCAAACAGCCGCCCAGCGUGAUGGCGUCGUUUUACCAGCGCGUGAAAUUCCUCGUCGAGGAGAACAGCGUACAGAGCUACGCUCACAUGAACGAGUACACCGAAAGUACGUUCUGGAAUUCCUUUACACCGUGUCGAGUGGCGGUGAUGCGAGGACAAGUUGUAACCGAACAAGGAAUCGGAAUAGUAGGCAUCCGGGUGUCCGUCGACAGGGACUCCCGCUUCGGAUUCACGUUGACCAGAGCCGAUGGAUGGUUUGACGUGCUGGUCAACGGCGGCGGUGCAGUGACGCUUCAGUUCCAGCGCAGCCCCUUCAUACCCCUUACGAGAACGGUGUUCGUGCCGUGGAAUCAAAUAGUGGUUCUGCCUCCCGUGGUGAUGACCCUUAACAUGGACGGCCAGCCCCAUAAAUCGAACCAACCCCCCAGCCCAGCUGUCGGCUUCCCAGGGAUCUCGAUGGGACUAUUUAGCGAGCACGGCCCGUGCCUCGAACACGAUCACGAGCUGCUCAGGCCGAUCAUCAUCAGCACCUGGAUGCCCGAAAAGGUGGGCGGGCUGCCCGGCAAGAGCGUAGUAUUCGCAGAAAGUCAGAUCGUCCAGGAGAGCAUCGCGAUCCCGGGCUCGAACCUCCACUUGAUGUACCAGAGCAGCCAGGCGGCCGGCUACCUGUCCACCGUCAGGAUGCAGCUGACCGGCCCGUUCAUCCCGAAGUCGCUGACGCACGUGCACGUGCACGUGGAGAUCGAGGGCUCGUUGCACACGAAGACCUACGAGGCGGACCCGAAUCUGACCCACACGUUCGCUUGGAAUAAACGGAACGUUUACAAGCAGAAGGUGUACGGGGUGGCGCAGGCGAGGAUCUCGAUCGGCUAUCAGCACUCCACUUGCACAUCGGUGAUAUGGGAGACCCAGACGGCCAGCAUGCAGGGAUUCGACGUCGACAUCUCGGACAUCGGCGGCUGGGGCCUCGACAUCCAUCAUCACUACAACUUCCACGAGGGCAUACUGCAGAAAGGGGACGGCACCACGCUGCACCUAAAGCAGUAUCCGAGGACCGUGAAGGUCGUGAUGGGCACUGGCCUGCAGAGGAACCUCGUCUGCCAGGAUUGCAACGGCCUCGCCAAGGACGCGAGGUUGCUGACGCCGGUGGCGCUUACCAGCGGGCCCGACGGCAGCAUCUACGUCGGAGAUUUCAAUCUCGUCAGGAGGAUCACGCCCGAGGGAAACGUCUACACCGUUCUGAUCCUGAGCGCGACACAGGUGGCUUAUCAGUACUACUUGUGCGUCUCCCCGGCCGACGGACACCUUUACAUCAGCGAUCCCGAGAAACACCAGAUAUUGAAGGCGUUGACCCUGGACGUUGUGCAGAGUCCCAGCAUCAACAUCGAGCCGGUCGUCGGCAGCGGCGAAAGAUGCAUCCCUGGCGAUGAGAGCCACUGCGGCGACGAGGGGCCGGCCAUUCGUGCGAAACUGGCUCAUCCGAAAGGCAUCGCGAUUGCGGCGGACAAGACGAUGUACAUCGCGGACGGCAGGAACAUCCGAGCGGUGGACCCGCACGGCAUCAUCCACACUCUGGUGGGUCACCAUGGACACCAUAACCACUGGUCCCCGGCGCCGUGCGUUGGCGCGAUAUCCGCUCACCAGGCUCAGCUGCAAUGGCCGACAGGAUUGACCUUGAGCCCGCUCGACGGUUCGCUGCACUUUAUCGACGACAGGCUAGUCCUGAAGCUGACCAGCGAUCUAAAAGUGCGAGUGGUGGCCGGGACGCCUUUGCACUGCGCCAGCAACAGCAACGGCAACGACGGGGAAGCGGCUAAAGCGAACGCAAGCAGCGUCGCGAACUCGAAGAAGCCGGACGAGGUGUUGGGCUCGGUGCUCGCCGUCAGCUUCAGCCCGACCGGCGAACUCUACAUCGCGGAGAGCGACUCCCACAGGGUGAACACGAUCAGAGUGGUGGACAGCUCCGGGAAGAUGUCUCAUUUCGCUGGCCAGCAGCAGGAGAGGCUGCGAGGCCAGUGCGAGUGCAACAACACCACACCCAGCACCAAGGACCUGGAAAGCUGCUCCUGCACCGACGACACCAGCAGCACGGAGACCUUGCUGUCCUCGAACGCCAAGUUCACCGCGAUCUCCGCCAUCGCUAUCUCCCCCGACGGUAUCCUGCACGUGGCGGACCAAGGCAGCCUGCACAUCCUGGCGCUUCAGCCGUAUCUUCCCAAUCUCGACGAAAGCGGGGAGUUCCAUAUUCCGUUCCCGCCGACGAACGAGAUCUACGUGUUCAACCGAUACGGUCAGCACAGCUCCACCAAGGAUCUGACCUCCGGGAAGACGCGCUACUCGUUCCUCUACAGCAAGAACACCAGCUUGGGGAAACUGUCCACCGUGACCGACAGCGCUCGCAACAAGAUCCAGUUCCUCAGGGACUACAACAGCGUGGUCAGUUCGAUAGAGAACACUCAGGAUCACAAGUCCGGUCUGAAGAUCUCGGCUGUCGGAUUCCUGGAGAAGCUCACCGAAAGGGGUAGAUCAGAGAUCGUUCUUGGAUACGAUGGGUCCACGGGGUUGCUGACCAGCCGAUCAGGGGGCGGAGAGACGUAUAUUUACAAUUACGACGGUCUUGGUCGCGUCACCGAUGUGAUCUUACCUACCGGGGAGAGGCUGAAGCUCUUUUCGGACUUGUCCGGCGACGAAGGCUUGUCGGUGAAGGUCUCCGCUCCUCUGCAGGCGCUGUCCAAGGGCGACAAACAGCGAGCCGUGGAGUUCAACAUGAAGAACGAGAGGUCGAAGGUGUUGACCAUCACCGACGGUGCCAAGAUCAAGAAGGCGAUCGCGUUCACCAACAGCAGCCUCGAGGUCCUUCUCCCUGGUGGCGGCCGAGUGCUCAGUGCCCCAACGACGAAGCACCCUCUGUUGGAAGCCGCGCUGCCGGUCGAAGCCGAAAUGCUACCAAUGUGGAGCUACCAGUUGAUGUCUCUCGGAGAACUGACGAACACCAUGACGACCACGUACAACCUGGUCGGCGACGUGAGCCACUUCCAGCAAACCCUGAACAGAGAGAUCUGGGUGAACGACACCAGAGUGAUAGGCGUGGAGUUCGAGCAAGCGUUCAGCCGCGAAACGUUCUACGACAAAACGAGGAACCCUUUGCUGACCGUCACCUUCGACGCAGCCGGGCUACCGUUGACCUGGCAGCCUCACGAGCAAGGCUGCAACCUGAGCAUAACUUACGACAGGUUCAACCGCAUCGAAAGUUGGAAAUGGGGCGUUUCGGACGAGUCCUACGGCUACGAUCGCCACGGCCAGCUGGCCGAGGUGACCAACAGCCAGGACGGCACCAAACGGUACACGUACAACAGCCUGAACAUCCUCUCCAACAUCACGCUAGCCAGCGACCGGAAUUUCUCCUUGGAGUACGACGACGACGGCGGCCUUCGUCACAUCAUACUUCCCUCGGGAACGAAGCACUCGUUCUCCUGCCACGCCUCCCUGGGCUUCCUGAGGGUGACGUACACUCCGCCGGGCAGCAUCCGUGCCUAUCUUCAACACUACAGCCACGACGGCAAUCUGCUGCAAACGGUGUUCCCGGGCGACGGAGCUAGAAUCGUCUACAGAUACCACACUUCCGGCCAGCUUGCCGAAGUGGUGCACGGCGACGGGAAGAGCGAGAUCCGGUACACGGACAGCGGCCUCCCGUCGGAAGUGAUCCACUCGGAGAGGGACGUCGAGUACAAAUGGGACUACCAGUACAGCGCCGGCCUGCUGGUCGAGGAACGCAUCGAUUUCGGGGCGAAGACCGGUCUCAGCAACGCGAAAUUCACCUUCGACUACGACUCGAACUUCAGGCUGAUCAACGUCCAGGGCAGAAUCGGGGGGCAAACGUUGCCCGCCCACACGAUGGCCUACAGUCCGAGGACAGGCAUGCUGGAGCAGAUCGGACAGUUCAAGAUCGCGAGGCCGCAGAGCAACGAGACCACCGUGUCCGACGGUACCGCGCUGUUCUCGCGGAUCACCGACGAGAGAUACUUGGAGACGCAGGUCACCCUGACGAUUCAUCAGCUGGAGGUCUUCAGGAUGGAAUUCGCUCACGACUCGCGCGGUCGCAUCAAUCAGACCAGGACGUACACGCGCAACGUCGCCGUGAACACGUACACGAACGUGAAGAACUACACGUGGGACUGCGACGGUCAGCUGACCGGUGUCGAGGCUCAGGAGCCGUGGGGAUUCAAGUACGACGCUAACGGGAACAUGCUGUCGUUGACCUACAGAGGGAACACGAUACCGAUGGAGUACAAUAACAUGGAUAGAAUACUGAAGUUCGGCGAGGGUCUCUACAAGUACGACAAUAGAGGACUGGUGGUGCAAAAUGCCCGCGAAGAGAGGUUCAAUUACAAUGCCAAAGGUCUUCUGGUACGCGCCAGCAAACGCGGUCGCUUCGACGUUCGAUACUACUACGAUCAUCUGGAUCGUUUGGCAACGAGGAAGGACAAUUACGGCAAUGUCACGCAGUUCUUCUAUAACAAUCAGAAACGACCGCACGAGGUCAGCCAGAUCUACAGUCCGCGCGACGGCAAGCUGAUGUCAUUGGUCUACGACGACAGGGGACACCUGAUCUACGCGCAGGUCUACAGGCACAAGUAUUACAUCGCCACCGAUCAGUGUGGCACGCCUAUCAUGAUCUUCAGCCAGUACGGCGAAGGCAUCAGGGAGAUCAUGAGAUCGCCCUACGGACAUAUCGUUUACGACUCGAACCCCUAUCUUUAUCUGCCCGUCGACUUCUGCGGAGGACUCUUGGACAAGGUAACGUCGUUGGUGCACAUGCCGAACGGCAAGGUCUACGACCCGUUGAUCGGCCAAUGGAUGUCACCGCUCUGGGAGAACGUGUUGGAUAGGGUGGACACGCCGACUCACCUGCAUUUGUACAGGUUCAACGGGAACGACCCUAUUGACGUGAGGCACACGGACAGACCGAACCAACCUACAGAUCACAUAUCAUGGCUGAAGCACCUGGGCUACGACCUGAAGAGCCUGGCGCCGCAGCUGUUCCCCGACGAGCUGCCGGACAGCCUGGUUCCGCCUGCCUUGGACCCGGGCACCUCGAUCUUCGGCAAGAAGAAGCGAACGCGCAACCUCGGCGUGCAGUCCGGCUUCCUGGCUCACAUCGCGCAGCGGCACUCCGGCGACGCGGUCAGCCUGUCCGCGCCGCCGCGCUCCGCCCUGAAGAAGGACACCAGCGAGCUGAUCCCGAGCCGGCUGGGCGCGGCCGCGGAUCCUCCGUUCGGCAAGGGGAUCCUGGUUUCGAGAACCGGCGACGGCCUCGCGGUGGUGUCCAGCGUGCCGACGGCGAACGCGAUCUACGGCGACGUGUUCACGUCGGUGUUCAACCGGUCGUACUUCCUGCCGUUCACGUUCGUGGUGCACAGCGCGCAGCAGGACGCCUUCUACUUCGUGAAGGAGGAGACGUGGCGCGCGAGCGAAGAUAGGGGCCAGCUGAAGCGACUCGGCGGCCAGGUGAACACGACGUUCCACGAGAGCGAGAACGGCAGCGGCAGCAGCUCGCUGAUCGACGUGAAGAUCCACGGGGCUAGCUACGUGGUGAACCUCCGUUACGGCACCACCGCCGAGAAAGAGAAACAAAGACUGCUCCACCACGCGAAGGCCACCGCCAUCCGCAAGGCCUGGCACCGGGAGCGCGAGGCGCUCAAGGCCAACACGCCGUCCACCAUCGAGUGGAUGGUCGCCGAGCAGGACGAGAUCCUGAAGUCCGGCUCCGCGUCGAACUACGAGGGCGAGUACAUCCACGACGCGCAGCUGUACCCGGAGCUGGCCGAGGACCCGUACAACAUCAGGUUCGUGAAGAAGGCGGUCGACCCGUCCAGCAAGAAACGCCGCAGAAGGAGAGGCGCGCCCACCUGCAAGCUCUGGUGGCUGGACAAGCUCUGCUAGAUCGGCGGCCGCUCUCCUAGAAACUAACAAGGUCCUCCUCUUUUCUCCUGGACCGGGAGAAACUGUCCAAAGCGGAAAGCAAACAGGAAUUUUCGGGGCGCGCGCGGCGACGCGACGCCGACCACUGGUGCGAACGAGAGGCGGAGGAGACGACACACCGGCCACGGCGCCGCGACGACGACGACGACGACGACGACGACGACGAAGACGACGACGUUGUAUACGCCGUGCGCGCGUGCGCGUCGUUAUCACGCACCUUGAACACUAUCAAACAAAGAAAAAAAAAGAAGUUUUAUACCAAAGUCUAUUUGUGUAUUUCGAAGAUGCCAAAAACAUUAACGUUAAUACGAUUAUUAUGUACCGUGAUAGGGUGUAGUUGCGUAAAAAACAAAAAGGCUCGAUGUCGCGUGACUCGCGCGCGCGGGUCACCGGUGGUGGUGAAUUGAUGGGAGAGGGCCGCGAGUCGCGUUCCGGGGACCCGUCUUCCUCCGGGGUCCCACGAGGAUGCUCGAUCGAUGUUCCUUCGAUGAUCGAAUCCGUGGACAAUGUCCACGGAUGAAAAAGAGGGAUUCGACGGAACCGGAGACCGGUGCGCGGAACGUGGUCGUGAACGGCGGUACCAUCGAGACGAGGGUCGAUUUCGGCGCGGAAUCGGAGUACCGGAAGCCAAGGCCAUUCGUCGUUGAGGGACGAACCGAGUGAGAGAAACUAGUCAAUAUAUAGCUUUACAUUGACGUAGAAACUUUUUUCCAAUAGGAUAAGGUCGAGCCGAGUGUCACGAUCGUCGAUGUUAACUGUGCGAUGGUGGUGGUGGUGGUGGUACCCUGUCUGUCCGUCUUUUGUGUGGCCGCGCUCGAACCGUACUUAGAACGAACCACGUGCGGUCCCGCCCGUCCACGGAAUCCGUAGAGAGAUUGAUGGCGGAGGGACGGAGGAGGACGGUGCGCGGUGGGUUCGCGAGUGGAAACGGGACACGGACGCGCGAAUCUCAACAAUGAAUGGCCCGAUUAGAGGACGAGGAUCACGGGAAUGGACGACGACAGCGGUCGGCGCUGAGGAGGAUUGUCAUGAUGAUAAUGAUGAUGAUUAUGAUUAUAAUGAUUAUGAUGAUGAUGAUGAUUAUGAUGAUGAUUAUAAUGGUUA